CUCAUCGAAUCGGCGGUGCUCAUCGCGCGCUUUCUUGGUGUCCGUUUUAUAUUAACGACAACAACGUUGCGGUUUGUGCCGCUUCGGUUUAAUUAUGCGAUUAAUUUAAAUGAUCGCGAUUAUUCAUCGCGUUAAAAAUAACUCUGCGGAAAAUGGUUUUGUAUGGAAAGCACGGGGCGAGGAAAUAUCGGAGCACCCCUGUAGGAAAAGCGGAUGACACAUCGGUCGAUGAAAGCGCGCGAGAUUCGAACGUGGACUCGGAAUCAUUAACAAUUCGUUUCACUAACGCGAUAGCGCGAUUGUAUAAAUAAAAUUCUAUAUCGAGCGAUUGAUCUUUUAGCGAUGUGUCUUUUGCCAUUACGAGGAGAAUGAUUUCGAAAUGAUUCCGAUGAAUCGCGUGGAAAUUAUUCAAAUCCCCGAUCGCAAAACGCGUCAUUUGAUCGAACAUCGCCGGCCAAUCGGCGCGACGUGACGUCACGAUGUGCGCGCAGGACGUUCUCAUUUAAUCUUCGGAUUUCGCUACGCUCGCAAUUUUCAUCUGCUUUUCGCCCUAUCGAACCUUUCGCAAUCUCAAAUACAUUCGAUUGCUGAUAAAACAUUUGAAAAAGCUCAUUUAUGCAAAGAAAUUUAGACUAUACAAUUAUGUUGGUAUGUGACUGUUGAAUGUGAGAUCCAUUGGUAAGAAUAAUAGAUAAUAAAAAUUGAUAAGAGAAAGACAAUUAAAAGAACAAAUUCUACCUUGUGUUAACAACAAAAUUAUAAAAAUGACAUCCAAAGUGCUGAUGAAACUACCAACAGUGCCCUUUCCUCAAGGAAAGAAAGCGCCACUUGAUCUGGUUUCUUUGAAUGAAAGGAAUGAUGGAUUCGCACAUGUUAGGCAUCAAAGUUUGAACAUGGACAGAGUAGUGCAGCUUGAGCAGAACAUGAAAUUUUUACAAGAACAGCAUCAGGCAACUUUGGUCGCUUUACAUCAGGAGAUAGAAUUUUUGCGUCAAAGAAAUAGAGAUUUACAAUUUCAGUUGGUAUUCUCCAAAAGAGCACAUUGCAAUGUGGCUAGCAGUCCUUCUUCUCCUGAAGAUAAUGGAAAUGGGUUUGCAAAAUCAAAGAAUAGCCCAAUAUGUGUCAAUGUAACACCUCUGCAAGUGGAGCUUCUGGAGAAAGACUUACAAGAUAUCAAGGCAUCAUUACAAGAGGCAAAAACACAUAACCAAUAUUUAUCAAAUAUUAUAGAGCAGCAGAAAAAGUUGGACAUAAUCAAAGAUCAAAAGGAUAAAAUCGAGAUGACUGAUGUAGGAGUUCAAGUCGGAGAUCCUGUACAAGCAAGCCUAGUUGUUCUUUUGGAGGAAUCAUACGCGAUGGUAAAGCGAUUGCACAAGGAAAACAUGGAUCAGAAAAAGGAAAUAGCUUCGCUGAGAGCGACUUCUUCAGUAAAUAAUCCCGGUUCCAGCAGAGGCGGACGCUCUCGCGAUGGUAACAAUAGUCAUCAUAGCCGUACUUCGUCUACAAGUACGAUGCAGGAACAGAACUCCCGUAAAUUUCCACCGUUACCGAUACCGAGCUACUGGCAUCGCAGAUCAUCGAGAUAUAACACAAAUCGGCACGAAAAGCAAGAUCAUCAGGCGGAUGCGGCUGAUUCGACCGUUUUACCCCAACUCCAGAAUGGCAGCGUAAGAUCAGCGGAAGCGGCUAAUAGUUGCUUCGAAUCACCAUCAUACCGAUCGCGCGAAUAUCGCAAUUAUGGUCGUGACGGCAAUAACCGCAAAUACAGAGGAGCUUCGCGAAGAGAGAGUAAUCAUUAUUACCAUUCUCGCGAUUUCAAAGACAGAAAUUCUAAAGAUUAUCCGAAGGACGCGGAUGACACUGGCGAAGGAUCAAAGGAUGCCGAUAAUCCACGGAGACAGUAAAUCACGAAGUAUACGUCGCCGAUUCGUAGAGAUUAUGCAAUCUGACGAGUUUUAGUUUUUCGCAUUGGAAUGCAUUGAGAAUCUUUCGAUAUUAUAACAAUUAUAUAAGAAUAAUCGGUAACGAGCGAUCAAUGUUUUCUUGUACACAUUCAUUGGUGCUGAUCAUUCACGUCAGACAGUUUUAUGAAUAUAUAGCUUAUAAUAGAAUAGUGACGACAAUGACAAGUAUAAGCUGUACGAUUUUCGAUGGAACAAUCUAGUCCAAUACUAAUUUUAUUCGUUAUAGAUAUAAAGAAAUAUAAGAGAACUCGUGCUUUGUAGAUUGAUGAUAAGCAGCAGCAGAAUGUUUAGCAAAAGACUUUGAUAGACAGGAAACUUUUUCCCUUCUUACACAGAGGCAAAAGAAGAUACGACCAAGUUUAUCAAAUAUUAAUCUUUGGCGCUUACAUUUGACGAACUUGAGCUUAAUAUAUGUGCGAUAUUUCAAUACUAUCGAUGCAUGUAUAUGUAUAUUAAACUUUCGUUCGACUUGAUGAAGCAUUAAAGAGCUGCUUCUCAGAAUCGAACCUAGUCAUUUUCACGUAUUCUAUAUUAUUGAAACAGUAAAUCAUUGAACGAUUUUGCUAUUAUUGAUAUUCAUGCACACAUACACAUAUAUAUACAUACGUAUGUAUAAUGUUAUAUAUACAUAUAUAUAUUUAUAUAUAUUAUAUAAAUAUUAUAUAUUUUCUUGUCGUGUAUUAGUUUGCUUUUAUUCAAUCUAUCGUUGAUAUAUAUUUUGUUGUGUAUUAUACUUCUGUAUAAUACUUCUGAAGCAAAUAUGAAAUAAUUUGAUUUAUUUGCAUCUUCCGAUAAUGUUACAAAUUAUAUUACUUCAUAAAAAUAGUGUACAAUCAUAUAUUAAUUAUAGGUACAAAUUUUAUUCUUUUUUAUUAAGUUGUUUUCAUGUAUUUUUAAGUGAAAAAUUCGGAAAUUAUGAGUUUUCCUAUAUUAACCAAGAGAGAGAGAAUCGCAAUUAUUAUAUCCCUUCUAUUUAUAGAAUCAUUAUUUCUGGUUUUCAAAAUUAGUAAAAUUUGUGUAGUAUUGUCGAACUUCAGUUAAAGACUCGCAGAUAACGAGAUAACAUUCUGUAUGGAAUAACAUGGAAAAAUCUGUCGCAUUACUAAUCAAGUUAUAUAAUACUUUACAAUUAUAUAAAAUCUUGUAUGCUUGUGAAUGAAUGAAUCUCAUUAAAAUAAUAUAAUAUUGUAAAA